CUCAACUGUCAUGUUCAUAACGCGUUUAUUUUAUUUUAAUUAUUGCUUCUAUUAUUUCCCUGUUCCUUGCUGAGAAAAAAAGAAAAAACUCGCGAACGUGGAAAGUGUCCGAUAGAACCAUCAUGUUCAGCGAGUUUGUCUUUUUAUGCGUCCUGAAAUCUCGUGGAUGAUCGAUCCUGCGCACCGCCACAGGUAAAUAAUCUCAGAAUAUUUUGCAGUCUUCCACAACAAUGUCUGUCUUUAAUUCGAGAGGGAUCAUCUUUGCUCUCGCCUUCAUCCUUGGCAGGACGAUGGAAAACUUUUUACUCAGCGCAGAAGUGAAGGAGGGUGAGAUCCUUCCACCCACAAUCCAGAAGCUCAUGAAGGGAUACAACAAAUACCUUCGGCCUUUCUUUGAUAACGGUCCUGUGACAGUGGGUAUGAGUUUGGACAUAGCGAGUAUCGACACCAUUUCUGAAAUAAACAUGGACUACACAGCCACCAUAUUCCUGCGGCAGCGCUGGACAGAUGAGCGUCUUGUUUUCGAUGGAAACAAGAGCUUAAGUCUAGACGGCCGACUCGUGGAACUGCUGUGGGUCCCAGACACGUUCAUCGUGGACUCCAAGAAAUCUUUCCUCCAUGACAUCACGGUUGAGAACCGACUGAUCAGGAUAUUUCCCAAUGGCACAGUUCUUUAUGCACUGAGGAUCACCACAACUGUGGCCUGCAAUAUGGACCUCACCAAGUACCCCAUGGAUAAGCAAACCUGCACGCUGCAGCUGGAGAGCUGGGGCUACAAUGUGAACGACGUCAUGUUCUACUGGACCAGGGGCAACGAGUCGGUGAGCGGCUUGGACACGCUGCGGCUCGCCCAGUACACCGUGGAGGACCACUACACCUCCGUGUCCGAGGCCAUUUACGAGACGGGACAUUACCCCAAACUUAUCUUCCACUUUGAACUGAAGAGGAGCAUUCUGUAUUUCAUUCUGGAGACCUAUGUGCCCUCGAGCCUCCUGGUGGUCCUGUCCUGGGUGUCCUUCUGGAUCAGUCAGUCCUCUGUUCCCGCUCGCAUCUGUAUAGGGGUGACCACGGUCCUGACCAUGACCACGCUGAUGAUGGGUGCCAGAACCUCACUGCCCAACGCCAACUGCUUUAUCAAGGCCAUCGAUGUCUACCUGGGAAUCUGCUUCAGCUUUAUCUUCGGCGCCCUCAUCGAGUACGCCGUCGCCCACUUCUGCACCUUGCAACACCCGGACAUCACACGUGGAAUCAUGUGUGAACGCAGCACUCAAGAAUGUGAGAGCGAGAUGAACGGUAUCCUCACCACCAUCGCCAGCGACUCCAGCAGGGCCAAGCAGCGCAAGGAAGCAUCCGGAACGGCGGGCGGCUGCGGCCGCGGCCCCUCCGACGGCGGCGAGGCCGAGGAGGAGGCGAGCGAAGAGGCGCAGGACCGCUGCCGGAAGUCCCUGUCCCUCCUGAAGAGGGCGGCCCAGCUGGCAAACUGCUGCCACGUGGAGAACCCGCACUACAUAGACAACUACUCCCGCGUGUCCUUCCCUUUGUCCUUCAUCCUCGUCAACCUCCUUUACUGGACGUACUACCUGUAUUUUUAA